AAAAUGCCGUUACUGUUUAUGAUAGGCACCUAUACUACACGUGGCCCUAAGUGGAAGUCACCGUUUGCAAUCAGGCAACCUUUCUGUAUCACAUGAACUUGAAAGCACUUUACCACGUUACUUCACUUUUCACCUUCCCGCCUUUUUCAUAUUUCUCACGCACUCACGAACCCAACAAAACUUUGCCAUGCCUGUCUCCUUUAAUUAUCGUCUCCAUGAUCUUUCUCGGACGGCGAAUUAUACACAUGUUUAUGGAUCCACGGUCAAGCAAUCGUGGUGUAACUUCGUCUCUUACACUGGGAGACAGGUCCCACCUCAUCGAUUUAGCUAUUUUUCACAAGAGAGGAAGAAACAAUGUAUUAUUUAAAAGCUUCCUUUCUAGAUGGACAGAAAAAUUUGUACGGUCGUUUUGUUUUAGCUUGACGCUUAUGCUUUUUCAAAUUAACGUGAGGUGAAUAUUACACGAGGAGCAAAUCGUUAAAGCGCGCCUUGAAGACAAUACAAUCAUGCCAUCAACAAAAGAACAUGAGCGUCAAGUUUAUAAAGAUCAACCGCUAUAUUCC